AAGCGGAUAUACGUAAAAUUCCGGAAGAAAAUGUAUACAAUGGCAAUCUAGAAAUCAAUUAACUUAUGAAAAAAAGACCAUUAAUUGCCUUUCUUCGUGGCUGACGUGAUGUGGCAUGGCGGACAGCUCGUGUUAACGUCCUCUGAAACAACGCCAUUUUACUCUGAGGCGAAGCGUUAUUUGAUGGCUAAAGGAAAAGCAUAAGAAUGAGCUGAUUUAGUUGAAGCUUGUGGAAGAAGCUACAAAUUAAGAAAAGCUGGCUGGAAGAUGCCAAGAAGAAAACAACAGAAUCCACAACCUGUAAAGUUGGAUUCUGAAGAUGGCAUAAACGUUAAUCCUGCAACAACCCUUACUUUUGAGAGUGACUUUCUUCUGGGCCAAGACAUUGACUUCUCAGAUGCUGAUAACAGCAAAAUCUUAGGACUGGACAAGUUUUCAGCCAACAGUUUCCAGCUGGGUGACGAAGAGAGCUCCUCGUUCAGCCAUCUCAGCAUGGAGAGUGACACCCACGACCUCCGCACCGCUGAGAACGAGCGCGAGGGUGCGAGACCCGAGCCUGCGUUCCCUCACUAUAUCUCCUGCAGGGGCUGCAAUCAGCUCCUCGAUGAGGAUGAGCACUCAUGCCUGCGCUGCUCUAAAUGCGAUGGAACCAGCAUAGGUGACAGGAGUGUCCAUGUAGGAGCGCCUUCUUUGCACAAAGGGCCAGAUGGAGAGGGAGCAGGAUCCGAGAACGGCCAGCAGAAGCUGAACUCUUGUCCGCUCUGUGGCUUCUCGUCGCGUUACACCAACCAUGUAAAGAGACACAUGAAGACGCACAAUGGCGAGAAGCCCUACCGCUGCUCGCUCUGCACCUACGCCUCUGCGCAGCUUGUCAACCUGCAGCGCCAUUUACGCAUCCACACAGGAGAAAAACCCUACAAGUGUGAGCACUGCACGUUCGCCUGCAGCUCCCUGGGCAACCUAAAGAGGCACCAGCGCAUGCACACAGUCGCAAGUCCUGCUCACAAUACACAACAGCGAAUGCACACUGCCAUAAAUCCAGGCCAAAAUACACACCAGAGUAUGCACAUGGUCACAAGUCCUGCACAGAAUUCGCAGCGGAUGAUGAGUGGCCAUAGCCUUCGAGGUCCUGUUGGAUGCCAGAGCAUAAAAGAGGAUGCUCCACGUGCCUCAAGAGAAGUGCUUCAGUCCUCCGAAAUGAAAGGGAACUUGAGCAUCGGCAGUGACAGCGGAUAUCUCAAGGCCUUUGCGAGGCUGAAGUCAGAGCAGCAGCCAUGCACUCGAGCCCAGCCUGGCGUCCUGCCUCCUCUGCUCUUCCCCUUCACGUGCAGGCUGUGUGGCCUGGUGCUGGAUGGUGAGGACGGGUCGUCAGCGCAGAUCUGUGCCAAGUGCACCUUGGAAAUGCUGACUAAAGAUGCAGCCGGCAGCGCCAGUGAGCGGGGACACAGAGGGGACAGGGUGUACACAUGUGCCGCCUGCCCUUUCCUCACACACUACCCCAACCACCUGGCCCGGCACAUGAAGACACACAGCGGCGAGAAACCCUACAAGUGCCCACAGUGCCCUUACGCCUCGGCCCACUUUGACAACCUGAAGCGGCACCAUCGCGUGCACACGGGCGAGAAGCCCUACAAGUGCCACCUGUGUGACUACGCCUGUGGCAAUCUGGCAAACCUGAAGCGGCACCAGCGGGUUCACUCUGGUGCCAAACCUUUCCAAUGCAGCGUGUGCAGCUACAGCUGCAACCAGAGCAUGAACCUGAAGAGGCACAUGCUGCGUCACACGGGCGAGAAGCCACACAAGUGCCACAUGUGCACGUACACUACAGGCCAUUGGGACAACUACAAGCGGCAUCAGAAGAAACACGGGAUAGGAACAGACGAUUGGGAUAAAGUGCCGCUGCCGGCUAAUGAGGAAGAGGCAGAGAUUGAUGAGGAGGAGGAGGAAGAAGAGGAGGAGGAGUAACUUAGCAACACAAGGAACAAUUGUAGUAUGCGAAGAUAUUUAAAUCUGAGAUGAAGUGUUACAGUACCAGCAUAAGCUUAGUUCUUGUUUAUUUUAUUAUUUUUUUCUUCAUGUUUUUGAAUAGUUUCAAGCUGCUAAACAGACAGGACAAAUAAAACUGUUUCCCUUCCCUUUGUGUAGGGUUGAAUGGAUAAAGCAAGACUCUGGAUACACAGAAUGCCCUCGGUUCAUCAGUGCCAUACAGACAUUUUGUAAUGCUACCUAGAUGAAAUCCAAUUUCUCCGUCAUUGUAUAUCUUGCACGGACAUUCAUCGAUCCGCAGCACCACAGAGCUGUACGUACUUCCUAACUGAACCCGCUGUGGAUUCUCUGAGGCCUUUGCUGCUCAAAAAAAAAAAAACACAUCGGUGUAAUUCUUCACUACAUCUCUUUACAGUGCCAAAACUUUCGAGUCCUAACCACUGCAGCAACUGUUGCAACCCUUCAAAACGUCACUUGAUUUCCUGGAGCCGGUGUUGCUCCUUGGUCGUAUGUCUCAACUGUGAAAUUUUGUCUGUUGUUAAAUUAGUAUAUAGUAAGUUAGUAUGUCAUGAUUCAUUUAUGUAAAGCACUUAUUUUUGUAUGUGUUUGUUUUAAAAAAAAAAAAAAAAAAAAAGAAUGUUUGGCAUGCAUUUGCCAUCAGUGGCAUUAACUUAAAGAAAAGGGACCAUGACUUUCCAUAUGCAGUUUAUAACCUUCAGGUUGCCAAGAAACGAUCGAGACGGAUUCCUUUUCAAUGUGUGGUGCUUAAGUGCUCUCUUGUAAUUAUGCAGUCGUUUCAUACUUGCCUUAAAUAUCCUGGAAUAAAGUACUCUGUGGUGAGA